UCUUUCGGCUAUUCAAAUGGCAAGCCUCGUUGGCCAAGUGGACCGCCGCGUAGGUGACCUUACUGCUCUCGCUGCCGCAGGCUAGCUGUAUUCUGGGUGCUUCUUGCACGACUAUAAGCUAGAGCAACGAUGGGCGAGGAUGUCCCAAAGGGCGAUGCCGAAAAGGGCAAGAAGAUCUUUGUGCAGCGAUGUGCCCAGUGCCACACAGUAGAGGAUGGGGGAAAACACAAAACGGGCCCCAACCUGCACGGCCUCUUUGGUCGCAAGACGGGUCAUGCACCGGGUUUCUCGUAUACAGAUGCCAACAAGAGCAAAGGUAUCACCUGGGGCAAGGACACUCUCUUCAUAUACCUGGCGGACCCCAAGAAAUACAUUCCUGGCACAAAGAUGGUGUUUGCGGGUCUCAAGAAACCCCAGGAGCGUGCUGACCUCAUUGCAUACUUAGAGUCUGCUACUAAGUAAAACCCCUCCCCCUUCCUCAGUCAUCGUCAGUAAAUUAUCUGCUGCCAUUUUUGGUCUUCUUCUUCAUUAGUGGCACUCGUAGAGCUCUGUUGGGGAAAUAAAAUGACAGAUUCUAUUUACACCCAUUA